GUUCUACCAUUCAUCGGCACAUUUGCACACCCCAAAACCUUUCUUCCCCUCGCGCCAGCCCAUGAUGGCCGUAGCUCUGGCGCUUCUGGUGGGCCUUUGUGACGCCAUCCAGACCGCCAACGGCAAGACCCCGACGGGGCGGAUGCACCGGUAAGGUAAGAGAGGAACUCCCGGCGCGCUGGUACACACACGUGUUGAUCUGGUGCAUACCUGCUUUCUGUAUGGAUGGAUGGAUAAAUAUGUCGUUGGCUUGGGCGCGCAUGUGUACAUGUGUGUGAGCAGCUGGGGGUCCGACGCCUCAUGCCGACUCUCGGGGGACGAUAUCGAUGGCGACGCCUUCAUCCAGCAAUCUGGUGGGAGAGAAGAAGAUCUUUCCAAAGCCAUGGAUGGAUGAAUGGAUGGAUGGAUGGAUGGAUGGAUGUGACGGCUGCAGGUGGGUCCGUGUCGGCUGCCUAUCUGCAGACGGCACUCGGCAAGGCCCAGCGCAUCACCGAGGCCGCAAACGCGGCGAGUACCGCCGCCCACGCGGUGGCCACCGCUGCACACACGGCAACGGGCUGGAAUCUCAUGGACGAAAUGCACACACACCACCUGGCAACAAAGGUCAGUACGCAUUCAUGCAGUUAGUCAUCAGUCGUGGGCGCCACAACGGUUGACCGACUGAUUUCGCUUGUGUCUCUUUCUCUGGUUGCUGUGCUGUCUACCUGACAGACUACGUGCCGCCUAAGGAGAAGGGGAAGAAGUGAACGGCCCUGCAUGUCACGCAUCAACCGAGGAUAACAACAUCCAUAUAUAUGUAUCUCUAUGUCUGUCUUGCUUGUUGCUUUUGACUGACCCGCACGCAUGAGUCCCACACCCACGACAGACAGAAAGACAGGCAGACAGGCACGAAUAAAGCCACACCACAGCACCCGACACAUGUAGCUGCCGACGUGAGCACUAGACGACGCGACGCGUGAGUGGAUGGGUGGGUAUAGAGGUAAACCACGGGACCAAACCGUGUAUUGAACACAAGAACGCACUCGAGGGAUGAAAACUUGACAGAAG